AUGCUCAUCACCACACAGAUUGUACCUUCUACCAUGCUUCUCCCAAGUCGUUUGAGGAAGCGCUUGAAUGUGGACUCGCCGAGCUUCACUCCUUCUUCUCUUGCUGCAAACGGCAAUGCCCCAGUAUCUAAAGCUCUAACAUUGUCGCCGCGGACGGCCAGUGCUGCUCCAUUCAAGCCUAAGAGCAUAACGCCCGUCUCCAGUGUGGCUUCUUUUUCCAGCUCACCAGCUUCGAAGCCGUAUAAUCCCAGCGCUCCAGAUUGGGUGAGCGGAGAGCCUCAAGAAUUCCUUCCUCAAGGCUUCAAUAAUCUUUCUCUUGACAAUGGGUCCGAAUUCUCACAGAAUGACGUUUUUGGGAGCGUUCACGACUCUGCGAGCACAGGGGCCCUUACUAGUGUCGAAUCUCAGCAGAAUAGCUACCAUUUUGGUUCUGGCAUUAACGGAACGCAACAAGCGUCAUAUAUGCCCAGCGCUUCAACCUCAUCGCAAUUGCUCCAACAUCAUUUGUACGCUCCUCUUGAGCCCUAUGCUGCAAAUAUCAAACCCUUUCAAAGAACCGCAAAGGACAUCUUCAUUCCCGAGGAUGUACGACUUAAGCUUCAAAAGAAGAAUGAGGCAAGCCUAAGGAGCUUUCCUAAUUCACAGCUUCCUAACGUUGAGUAUUUCCAUACUCUGACACCAAUAGAACCUUUCUACAGCCGCAAUAACAUCCCAGCUACGAAUCCUAGUACAGUGUUCAAAGCCGUCUCUGAUCAAGACGGAAAGACGUAUUCCUUGAGACGCUUACAUGACUGCCCUCUGUCUAGAGAUUCCGAGGCUGCACUUGCUGUUCCGUCACUGAGGUCGAAGUGGUCUCGUGUUCACAAUGGUAAUGUCGUGACGACUCAUCUUGCCUUCAAUACUCAAGUCUUUGGUGACACCUCAAUCAUCGUUGUUUCGGACUUCUACCCAGAUUCUGUAACGCUCCGGGACAAACAUUCGCCUUCCAACCUAAGGAAUCCAAGCCGGAACUUUGGUUCGCAAAUUUCAGAACAGCUUCUCUGGAACUAUUUCGUACAAAUCGCGAACGCACUAAAAGCCAUACACUCGGCAGGACUAGCCGCGCGAUCCAUGGACGCAAGAAAGUGGCUUGUGACGGACGAAGCUCGAAUUCGCUUCAACGCCUGCGGUUUAUCAGAUAUUCUAGACCCUACCUCGAUGCCUCUGGAGGAGCUUCAGAGACUUGACCUGCAAAAUCUCGGUAAACUUGUUCUCACACUAGGCACUACCAGUGCACCCGCCAAGACUCGCCCCCUUGACCAUUUCGCGAGGACGUAUUCUUCGCGGCUGAGGAGCACUAUCGAUUACCUUCAGCAACUGGGCGCAUCAGCGGACAGCGCUGGCACCAUUGACGAUGUCUGUAGUAUCAUUGCUACAGAGUCAAUCGAGGCUUUCGACGCAUCACUUCGCCUAAGCGACCUGCAAGAGUACACUCUUAAUGGACAGCUUGAGAAUGGAAGACUGUUCCGUCUUAUUUGCAAGCUGAAUACGAUCAACGAGAGGCCAGAAUAUGAAAGCGACACCGCUUGGAGGGAUCAGGGUCAAAAGGCGGCACUGAAACUGUUUCGAGAUUAUGUAUUUCAUCAGGUCGACACUAACGGCAACCCUGUACUCGACAUGGGGCAUAUGUUGGCAUGCCUGAACAAGUUGGAUGUCGGUGUCGACGAAAAAAUCACGUUGGUGACGAGAAAUGAACAGACUGCCCUGGUGGUCAGUUAUAGGGAACUUAAAGCGGCAGUGGAAGGAUCUUGGGGAGACUUGGUGAGAAGGAGCGGAAGUUGA